AUGCCGCCGACGAAAACUGUCGAGGCAAAGGUUCGGCCCUUGGCGAAUCAAAGUCUUGAGAAAGCGAGUCUGCAAGGCGCUGCGAGGCUCUAUGUGAAUCGCGAUGCCCUUAUUGCUCUGACGGGAAGCCUGGAUAAUGGGAAACCCUGCUUUGUGGCCAGAGCGGACGGCGACGUACCCUUGAAAAGAGAGGGAAGCCUCUGGGUCUUGACGGACAAGAAUAUCAGCCCGAACGUUGUCAUGAUGAGCAGAGCCUUCCAGGAGGCCACCGGGUUCAAGAUUGGAGAUGCUGUUCAGAUCACGACGCCGGAAGGAAAGACGGAAGUGGAGGACGCCGAGGAGAUCGUUGUGCAGGACACCACAGAGGAUGAUGAAGAUGGCUCUGACUGGAAGUACCCGCCGUCUUGGGAGUCGACCAUUGCUGGGUUACUGAACAAAGCGGGAGAAGUGUUCCCUGGCAUGACGCUGGAAGCGAAUGCCAGCAAACUCCGUCGAACCUUCAAAGUCCUCUCUGCCAACUCGCGGAGAGCCAGCAUCGCACGUUUCCGGACGGGAUCAACUGCGAUACGCAUCGUCAAGCAGGAUGUAGCCGAGGCCGAUCACGCUGUUCAACCACGCGGAGACCUCUCCAUUGCACCAGUCCCUGGAAUGGCCACGCAGACAAAACAUAUCAAUAACUUCCUCUCCAACUUCUCCCGCCAGCUGACGUUUCCCAACGCGCGCAGAUCAUGCGGGUACGUGGUCCAUGGCGGGCACGGCACAGGCAGGACCUUCAUCCUCGAGCGCAUAGCCGAGACCAACUGGGGCAAAGUGCACUGGAUCAAGCCGUCAGACAAGCUCGCCGCCAUCAGGGAGAUCUUCAAGCAGGCGCAGACCCAGCAGCCGUCCAUGGUUCUCAUCGACGACUUUGAGAAGCUGAUCCCCUCCGAUCGACAGAACCGUGACGCCAUCAUAGAGACCCUGGCCGAUGAGCUCGACGGUCUCUCCGCGAGGACAAAAACACUAAAGGCUCUGCCGCAGCUGGUGAUCGUCGUCACAUGCACCGAUUAUUAUACGGACAUUCCGGUCGAACUCCAGAACAUCACCAGGUUGAGGGCGAAUGUUGCGUUGCCCAUACCCCGAGCCCCUGAACGUCUCGAGAUCCUGAAGUACCACGAUCCUCCCAUGUACCCGGCCGAGAAAGACGCUUGCCUGGAGGAAAUCGCCAACAAAACCCACGCGUACAACUGCAAAGAUCUCAGCUACAUUGUCAGCGACGCCAUGGCCUUGCGGGAGACGGCCCUCGCCCAAGAAGGAGGGCCCAACGGCCAACCCGAACCCGACGGGCCCAACGAUCAAACCAACCACUACGUCACGCGCGAGGACAUGCUGGCGGCGCAACGAGGGAUCCGACCAGCCGCCAUGCGAGACAUCAACCUGCAGCCCCCCAUUGUGCACUGGACCGACGUCGGCGGUCAGGAAGAGGUCAAGAAGCGCCUCUCGCACAUGAUCCGCCUGACCAAGAACACGGACCCCAAGGUCCGCGCAUUCCUCCCCAAGCCCCCCAAGGGCCUGCUGCUGUACGGCCCGCCCGGCUGCUCCAAGACGUUGUCCGCGCAGGCCAUGGCCACCGAGGCCUCGUUCAACUUUUUCGCCGUCAAGGCCGCCGAGCUGCUCAACAUGUACGUCGGCGAGUCGGAGCGCGCGGUGCGUGAUCUCUUUCAGCGCGCACGCGCCGCGUCGCCGUCCAUCAUCUUCUUUGACGAGAUAGACUCCAUGGGCGGUACCCGCGCCGGUCCUGGGGCUGCCAAGACGGCCGGUGGCGUCAACAUGUUGACCUCGCUCCUCACGGAGAUGGAUGGCUUCGAGAGCCUCGAGGGCGUGCUCAUCUUGGCCGCCACAAACAGGCCGGACGCCAUGGACCCUGCGCUCCUCCGACCCGGUCGCUUCGAUCACAUUGUGUACGUAGGACCCCCCGAACAAGCGGCGCGCGAAGCCGUGUUCAACGUCCAUCUCAGGGGCAAGACGCUCGCCCCAAAUGUCGACAUUGCCGAGUUAGCCCGUCUGGCGGAGGGCUACUCAGGCGCCGAGAUCGCGUCCAUCUGCUCAAAGACAGCGGAGGAGGUGCAUAGAAGGUAUCUCGAUGGCGAGGGCGAGCUGGAGAUCUCCAUGGACGGGUUGCUGGCGGCUAUGGCGCAGCAGUCCAAGGGGAUCACGAAAGACAUGAUUGAUGGUUAUGAGAGAUGGGCCCAACGAUUCAAGAGUAAAUAG